AUGAAGUCUUUUUUUGCCAACCGGGCUGUGGCUCUUAUGUCCACCGCCUCUCUCGCGUCCCUCACCGUGGCCACCCCCGUCGCCAGCCGCCAGGCCACCCCGGCCGUCCACGGCGGCUUCAUCGCGCAAUGUGAUUUUUACCAAGUCACAAGUCACGGCGAGGCUUACGGCCACCUACAGGCCACGUGCAAUACUGACCCGGGCAACUCGGCCACUGAGGUUGCGUCCACGCUCGACCUUAGCCUCUGUCUCGGCAACUACAACAACAAUUUGGCCUGGGGCUACAUGGGCGGCGCCUUCGCGUCGUGCCAGGGCUGCACGAGCCGCAUGUUUAAUACCCGGUACCUCGACUGCGACUGCGGCUCCAUCGACCUCAACGACGGUAUUUACAUGACCGAGUCGGGUGCCGUGGCCUGCUACGACAACGUCGGCGCGUCCUAUUCGGUGCCGUACCGUGACUGA